CGCUACAAUAGCUUUAAAUAUUUUGCAGAACUGAAAAUCAUUAGCUCACAGCAAAGUGAAGCACGACAGGCACAAUCAUUAACUACACAUGAAGGAGAACACACCCAGGAUUACACAGGCAUCUCUCCCUGGCAAUGACACGGAAAUUGCUCCUGCCGCUCACUCUGGACUUGAUUUUAGCAGCAUGCCUGACCUUCUGCAAGAUUCCACAUUUUCUCCCCUGUGAUGAUUUCAACAACGCUUCCACUGUUAUAUGUAGGGAGCGUCAACUAAAAUGCGUCCCUCACAUCGUUUCACAGAGUGUCAAAGUCUUUGAUCUGGCAAUAAAUGAAAUACGGUUGCUGGCUAACUCCACUUUCUCCGGGGUACCAAAUCUUGUUACUCUUAACCUAAGUGAUAAUUGCCAACCAAGCAACCUGAGACCUUACAAAGAAAUCUGUAGGUUGAUCAUUGAGCCGCACGCCUUGGUCAGUCUGAAGAACUUAUCCAAUCUAGACCUUAGUGGUAACAGCCUGACCACUGUACCUCCCCUUCCUGAAAAUAUUAAGUACUUGAAUCUCAAUUUAAAUAAAAUUCAUGUGAUUUCAGGAUGGGAAUUUUCCAGGCUUAACAAUGUGAAAAUCAUACAUCUUGGAUACAACUGUUUCUACAGCAAGCAAUGUGAAACAUUUAGUCUGUCGGACAUUGCGUUUAUAAACACGGUGUCCUUAGAAGAAUUGAUGUUAUCUUUUAACAAUAUUAGUUCAUUUCCACAAAAUCUUCCAUCUUCCAUUCGUACCCUUGACUUGUCAGAAAACAAGAUCUCAAAAAUAGAACGUGAAGAUUUGUGCAACUUGACUAACCUCCAUAGUCUUGAUCUGCAGUGGAACUGCCAGCGCUGUGAUCACGCUCUUCAGGCUUGCUACCCAUGCAAAAAUAACAGUGCCUUGCAACUAGUCCCAGGGGUUUUUGACUGCCUUCAUAACCUUUCCUAUCUAAACCUCAGGGGGAACUCACUGCACACAUUACAUAGUUCUUUAUUCGGUAGUUUGACUAAUCUCAGUCGUUUGGUUCUCUCUGACAACUUCUUGAACCUUGAAAGUGAAACAUUCUUCUCAGCUCUAACCAAAGUCAAAGUGCUGAAUUUGGAUUUUAAUUUUAAGCCCUAUUCAAUGUAUGAUCGUCUAGUCCUAAAUUCUAAUGUGGCCAAGAUGAAGGCGCUAGAGAGAAUUACAAUUGUUGGAUACUUCUUCAAUGUCCUGGAUGAAGAAGGCAUCAGGCCUUUGCUUAGCUUGCCCAACCUCAGAGACAUUAGCCUUAGGACUAACUUUAUUCUCAAGGCUAACUUAAGUAUGUUAUUCAGAUAUAAACCUCUGCGCUUAAUAAACUUGUCAGAAAACCUGAUCUCUUUUCAAGAACAUGAACAUGGGCAAAGGCAGGUAAUACAUCCACCUCUCUUAGAUAGAGGAAACCAAGUAGAGGGAGGAUGGAUGUACUCUCAUUGUUUUGAAGGCCCUAACCAAGUGGAGGCAGAGGAGAUUGAGUACCAACAGUGCUGGCAAUAUAAUCACUCUGUUGACUUGUCUUUUAAUAACAUAGGGAGUAUAUUCCCUGAUGAAUUUUUGGGCAUGGAUGAAAUUGAAUGCCUUAACAUGAGCUACAACUACAUUAACCAGCGCUUAAAUGGAACUCAGUUUGGUCACUUAAAGUCAUUACGCCACUUGGACCUCUCAUACAACAGGUUUGACAUAUACUACUAUAAAGCUUUAAGUGAACUUCCCAAACUUAGGAUACUAAAUAUGGAACACAACGAGUACCAGUUUAUGAUGAAAGGAGUAAACCACAGGUUUAACUUCCUUGGAAACCUAAAAUCUUUGGUUGAACUAAACCUCAACCAUAACCUUAUCGGUCUACGGAUAACAAGGGAGUUGAAGAGUGAUUCCUUGGAGAAACUCCUCUUCCGGAAUAAUGAACUCGGAAGCUCAUGGCAGUACGGCAAAGACAAUUACUUAAACAUCUUCACAAAUCUUCUGAGUCUAAAAAUAUUGGAUAUAAGUUAUAAUCAGCUUCCAGUCAUUCCAAAUGAAGUCUUGGAAAACCUACCAGAGUCACUACAAAAACUCAACCUUUCCCAUAAUCAACUUUAUUCCUUUCACUGGAAUGAAAUUGCACACCUGCGCAAUCUUACAAACUUGGACCUCGGCUUCAAUGCUCUGACAAAAUUAUGUGCUUAUCUAACAGAAAGCAAGAUUAUUUAUCUGAAUCUGACAAACAAUAAAAUUAGUUUUUUGGACAAAGAUUUCUUUGAUUCCUUCAGUGAGCUGAAACAGCUUACACUUAGUAACAAUCUCAUUCAAGCUAUACAUGUAACCAGCUUUCCCCAACAUUUCCUACAAAAACUUCAUAGUCUUAAUGUGAAUGGUAACCCUUUCCAGUGCACUUGUGAAGCUUAUUGGUUCAUUAAAUUCUUGAUGGAGACCACAGUAACGGUUGAACAUCUUUCCACAGGGAUGAAAUGCGACUCGCCUGAUAGUCUCAGAGGGAGGUCUCUCCUCUCAAUGGACCCACAGUCAUGUCAAGAAUUAUACGGUCAUUUAUAUUUUAUCUGGUCAAGCAUUUUAGUGAUAUCAUUUAUGGUCAUUACCACCAUAUGGAAGCUUUUUUCUUGGAACCUCUGGUAUACUGGUCACCUAAUCAUGGCAACCCUCAGAAGUUACACAAAGCUUCGUGACAAACCCACAGAAGAUUUUGAUGCUUUUAUCGCCUUCAACACAAAGAACAGUGCUGUGAAAGACUGGGUUUAUCAUGAGCUGCUGGUGCAGUUGGAAAGUUCUGAGGGGGGAGCAUUUACUUUGUGCUUAGAAGAAAGAGAUUGGUUAGCUGGGAGGUCAAGUAUUGAGAACCUUUAUGAUGCAAUUUACAGGAGCAAAAAGACUGUUUUCAUUAUUACACGUGAAUGGUUCAACUGUGGUCUUCUGCGCCAUGCCUUUUUCAUGUCCAAUCAAAGACUGCUUGAUGAAAAGAAAGAUGUGGUGGUCUUAGUAAUUCUGGAUCACAAAAUGAAAAUGUCUCAGUAUUUUGUAACAAGGAAGAGACUUUGUCCCAAGAGCUUCUUGAACUGGCCACGUAACCCCAAAGCACACUCUCACUUCUGGCAUAUGCUGCGUAAAUUUCUAAGGCAGGACAGCCGCCAUUGUUGUGGCUCCCAACUUAGAAAAUAUGUAGACAAAUAAACUAGGGAUCUUUUAUAUUCAUGAGCCAGUUAAAGACUAGUAAUAUACCCAUUUC